GCCUCCCACUCUCCACAGUUUUGACAGUAGUAACAGCGCGGAAGAUAUAUGUACGCGGCACACACCACGCGGAAUGGGUAACCGGUUCCAAUGAGCUUUUGCACAUUGAUGCUCCCUCUGCGUGAAAUACUAGCUUCUACCAUGAAGGAGGCGCGACCUUUGGGAGAGAAAGGCAGCUUACGAGUUGAAGCUCAUUCCAGCAUCAACGGAGCAACACCCGGAGCAUUAUAGAUCCAUAAUGCUCCCGAUCGUUGUGUCCAUCCUUUUGGCAACUCCCUUGGCACUGUGCCAAGCUCCCUUCUGGAUGCCUAAUAUGCAGCAAUUCUCAUUUUUAACCGAAACAGAUUUUCGUAAUGCUCUUCUCUUGCCAACAACUAAUACUCGACGGGUCAGAAGUCUUUAUCAUGAUAUGAGAAUUCCAUUCCAGAGAUUCAAACGCGGCGGUGGUGUCGCAGUGGCUGCUGAAAAGGACAAAUGGCCAAAUGGAAGAGUUCCCUAUAUUCUAUCUGCAGCUUACACAAGUGCACAAAGAGCCGUGCUAGCCCGAGCGUUUGAUACAUACGCCAAGAGAACUUGUAUUCGCUUUGUUCCAAAGUCACCAGCUGAUAAGGAUUAUAUUGUCAUUCAGAAGUUGGAUGGAUGUUACGCAGACUUCUCACGUGUUGGAGGCCGUCAACAAGUGUCUCUGGCUGAUGAGUGUAUUGAUUACGCAACUAUCAUCCAUGAGUUGAUGCAUGUUAUUGGAUUCAUCCACGAACAUCAACGAGAAGAUCGUGAUUCAUAUGUCUCCAUCCUGUAUCAAAAUGUUAUUCAAGGAGCUAACACUGACUUCGACAAGCUGUCAAACUUGGGACUAUCCUAUUAUGGAGAACAUUACGAUUAUAGUUCUAUCAUGCAUUACGAAGCGAAUGAAGGAUCUCGAAAUGGAAAGAACACAAUUGAGGCAAAGAACUCCCACUUCACAGCAAUAAUGGGAAAAGCCAGCGACUUCUCGACUUCAGAUCUUCGACGUGUCAAUAGAGCCUAUAAAUGUUCCAUUUUUGCGUUUUAAGUGAUCUAUUUGUACGUGUAAUUUAUAUAAUUUUGGUCCUCCCUUGCUCUUCAAAACCUCCCCGGUGCUGCUUUUGUCUGUACAUAUUGAAAAUUAAAAUGAAUUCUUCCCUAUCUC